UUAGCCUGGCACUUCACCGUCGCAACACUCUCUAAAACAUGGGUUACUGAAAAUAUCGACUCUAUUGCCAACAAAUAUAUCCGCAGAUGGCUUGAAGUACCAAUAUCAGAAACACUAAGUACUGUCUUUCUAACAAACAAUAAAUUUGGCCUGAGUAUUUAUCCUCCAUCUGUAAAAUUUAUCCAGUGUCAAACAGUCCUCCGAAAAGCUUUAAAAUCUUCUCCUAAUGAAUCAACUAACGACCUGUGGAGAGCAACCAGUAACCAUACUAAUAUCCAAUAUGACGCUUAUAACUCUACUAAGGAAGUUCUCAAAGAUUUCCGUUCUGGACACGAAAACAAACUCCCAAACCAAUUAACCAGUCAAGGAUCCUUUUUCUGCAGCGUCACGAAGUUCGCUUUACCUCAGCUUAGCAAGGUGUGGUUCGUCGCCCAAUCAAAGCUCCCGAAAAACAUUUACAACUUUACCAUUCGUUACAUUAACAACUCUCUUCCGACGCGUAAAAACCUAAACAGAUGGGCAAUAUCUUCAAAUUCAGACUGUUCUUUUUGUCUUAGCCCUGAAACAUUACUACACAUAGUAGCUGGAUGUCAGUUUUAUCUCGACCGAUUUACGUGGAGACACAAUUCAGUCCUGAACUUUCUUGCUCAUCAGUUAGAAACUAUUGACGGUUCUACUCUCUACGCCGACCUAAAUGGAUUCAAAAGCCCUUCAAUACUUACUGGUGAUACGUAUCGCCCAGAUUUGUUAUUAUCGUGCUCAAAUGGUUCCUUAUAUGUGGUUGAACUCACCACUGGUUAUGAGACAAACCUCAAAAACAACGAAAAACGGAAGAAGGAUAAAUAUAGAGAAUUAUUGAGACAGCUAGGUAAAAAUUUUAACCAAGUUAAAUUUAUAAACCUCUCCAUCAGCUCUUUAGGUAUUUUUGCAGAAGAAUGUUAUACAUUUUUAGACAUGUUAGAUAGUAUUGGUCUUGACAAAAACCACCAAAUGUACUGUGUUAGGAAAAUGAUGACUAUUGCUAUUAGAACUACAUAUUACAUUUUCUGUUGCCGAAAUAAGGAAUGGGAAAAUCCGGAUUUACUAACAAUUUGACUUAUCUCAUUGUAUAUAUAUAUAUAUAUAUAUUGCAUGCACUUUGUUCUGUUAUUUUAGUUUAGUAUAAUUGUGAUUCAAAUAGCCAACCGUAAGUUACCUUUAUGAGAGAGAUUUACGAUUGUAUAUGUAUGUAAAGAAAAACAUUUAAUAAAGUUUCCAUUAUUAUUAUUAUUAUUAUUAUUAUUAUUAUUAUUAUUAUUAUUAUUAUUAUUGUUCAACAUUUGGGAUCAGGAAAAGUCUCACAAAAUCUAUCCAAUAUUUACCUAAACUUCUGAUUAACAAUGAAUUGAUACCUGCCACUAAAAUUGGAGAGUCGUUUCGAUACUUGGGGAAAUAUUUUGACUUCAGUAUGUCCGAAAAAGAACACAAACAAGAGCUAAUCACUCUCAUGGACGACAUUAUGUCUGAAAUUGAUCUCAAACCUUUGCACCCAAAAAAUAAACUUUUGCUUUAUAGUCGUUACCUCCUAUCCAAACUUUCCUGGCAUUUCACUGUAACCACCUUAUCAAAAACCUGGGUCUCUGAAAAUAUGGAUUCUGUGGUGAACAAGUACGUACGUAAAUGGCUUGAAAUACCUAUAUCAGGAACUCUAUCUAACGUCUACCUUACCAGUAACAAGUUUGGUCUAAAUAUCUACCCGCCGUCAAUUAAGUUUGUUCAGUGCCAAACAGUUGCUCGUAACGCCUUAAAGACCUCUCCAAAUCAUUCCAUAAAAGACCUCUGGAAAACAACAUCUGAAAGCAAAAACAUUCAGUACGACGUCUACACCUCGACAAAGGAAGUCCUUAAAACUUUUACCUCCGGACAAGAAGACAAACUGCAGAAUCAUCUGAUUUUGCAAGGCUCCUUCUUCUCAAAUGUCAUUAAGUUUUCACUGUCGAAAUUAAACGGUAUAUGGUCUAAAUCCCAAUCAAACCUCCCAAAGAACAUCUAUAACUUCACCAUUCGUUACAUUAAUAACUCACUUCCAACUCGUAAAAACCUUACUAAAUGGGGAAUAUUGUCAAACUCUGAUUGCUCCUUCUGCUUAAACCCUGAAACCCUUUUACACGUAGUUGCUGGAUGUCAAACGUACCUCCCACGAUUUACAUGGAGACAUGAUUCUGUUCUGAACUUCAUAGCACAAACGCUACAACCUGUAAACAACUCCAAUCUUUUCGUCGAUCUUCCUGGUUAUAAAAGCCCAUCAAUUGUAACUGGUGACACAUUCCGCCCAGACCUACUUCUAUCUAUCAACUCGGAUUGUCUCUAUAUCCUUGAACUUUCUGUUGGCUAUGAGUCUAAUCUACAAACAAAUGUUGAUCGGAAAAGAAGAAGAUACGAAGAUCUCAUUACACAGCAAAAGAAACAAUUUAAGUCCGUAAAAUUUGUAAAUUUGUCAAUUAGUUCUUUAGGCGUUUUCUCAAAAGAAUGUCAUUCCUUUUUAGAUAUGUUAACUGAUCUAGGUCUUGAUAAAAGACACCAGUAUUUCGCUAUCAGGAAAAUUAUGUCUAUCGCGAUUAGGACAACAUAUUAUAUAUUUUGUUGCAGAGAUAAGGACUGGUUAAAUCCGGAAUUACUGAACAUUUAA